GCGGGGCGGAUAAGUGUCGUAAUUUCCGUAGUCUGCGUCACGCUAGGCAUGCGAAGAUGGCGGAUUCUCUCCCUGCGGAGGUGGACGUGGUAGUCUUGGGUACAGGUCUGCAAGAGGCCAUUGUUGCAGCUGCCUGUUCCCGGAUCAGCAAGAGAGUUCUUCAUGUUGAUAGAAACAACUACUAUGGAGGAAACUGGGCCAGUUUUAGCUUUUCUGGAUUACUGUCGUGGAUUGAAGAAUACAGGGGACAAAAAUCUAAUAAUGCAGAAGUUAACUGGAACGACAAGAUACUGGAAGGUGAAGAUGCCAUUGAACUUGAUCAAAUUGAUAAGUCCGUUAAAAAUGUGGAAGUCUUCUGUUUUGCAAGCAGAGUUGCAGAAGAUGAUGUUGUGGAAGAAGGAGCACUUGUGAAUAAGCAAUCUAAUGUAAAUUCCAGUAGUACAGUAGAGGAUGGAGCAGUGAACAAUGAAGAUGAGAAAAAUCAGAUGUCUGAAUGUACAAACAGCAGUGAAGAAAAUCCAGAAAAUAUCAAGGUCAAAGAUACUUUGCAUUCCACAAAGGAAGCUUCAGCUGAAGUAAUUCAACCAGAAGACAAGCCCUCAUGUGCAGACGUUCCUUCAUCCACCACCAGUGGUACAAGUCUGGCCAAAGAAUUGAUUGCUAAUGAUGUAGCUUCAGUUGAGAUUGAAGCUGACAGUGUAGAACACACUACUGAUGUUCCUGCUCAAGAAGAUAAAAAUCAAACCAAAAAAUUGACUUACUCACAAAUUAUUAAGAAUGGCAGAAAAUUUAACAUUGAUUUAACUUCAAAGUUUUUGUAUUCCCGUGGUUCUCUUGUCGAUCUUCUUAUCAAAUCCAAUGUCAGUCGGUAUGCUGAAUUCAAAAAUAUUAACAGGAUACUUGCUUUUCAAGGAGAAAAAGUUGAGCAGGUGCCUUGCUCCAGAGCAGAUGUCUUUGCCAGCAAACGUCUCACCAUGAUAGAAAAGCGAAUGUUAAUGAAGUUCCUUACUUUCUGUUUGGAAUAUGAACAACAUCCAGAUGAAUAUCUAGACUUUAAGGACAGUACAUUUUCAUCUUACUUGAAGACACCAAUGUUAACUGCUAGUCUUCAACAUUUCGUUUUGCAUUCCAUUGCUAUGGUCUCUGAAAGUGCUAGCACAACUGAGGGACUCAAAGCAACACAGCAUUUCUUACGUUGCCUUGGCCGCUAUGGGAACACGCCAUUCCUUUUUCCCUUGUAUGGCGUUGGAGAAAUACCACAGUGCUUCUGCAGGAUGUCUGCAGUCUUUGGCGGAACAUAUUGUUUACGGCAUUCAGUGCAAUGCUUGGUGGUUGACAGAGAAACAGGAAGAUGUAAAGCUGUAGUUGACAGUAAUGGCUAUCGCAUAGACUGUGAACAUUUUAUUGUGAAUGAUGGCUAUCUACCUGAGAAAAGUACUAAAAAUGUCCACUACGGGUACAUUUCGAGAGCUGUACUCAUCACAGAUUCUUCAAUCUUGAAGGCUGACUCUGAGCAGAUUUCUAUUUUGAAUGUGCCUGCAGUGGGAGAUUGCCAGCCAUCUGUACGAAUCAUUGAACUCUGUCCAUCUUCAAUGACCUGUCCACAGGGCACCUAUUUGGUCCAUUUAACUUGUCCAUCGAAUGGAACUGCCAAAGAAGACUUGGAGCCUGUGAUAUCUAAACUUUUCACGCAAUACAGUGGAAAUGAAGAAAAUGAUGAUGGAGAGAAACCUAAAGUGCUUUGGGCUUUGUAUUUCACUGUAAGAGAUUCAUCUGCAGUUGACAGAAGCUCAUAUGAAGGCCUUCCCAGUAAUGUUUAUGUCUGUUCUGGACCUAGUGCUACUCUUGGAUUUGAACAGUCUGUUGAACAGGCAAAAGCUAUCUUCCAUCAACUCUGUCCUGGGGAAGAGUUCUGUCCUGCUGCUCCAAACCCUGAAGACAUUGUUUAUGAUAGUGAUGGCGCAAAACCAGAAAAUGGUGGCUUUGGUUCUCCUUCAGAAUCUUCAGACACUGUUGAUGUAAAAAAGGAUGUAGAUGCAGAUACUGCAGAAAAUAGUGAUGAUAAAAUGGAAGAGGCCAGUGAAAUACUGACUGCUAAUGAAGUGGGCAAAGAAUCUGAAAAAUCCAAGUCAGAUCCUCAGACUUUGGAAAAUGAUAUUAAUGAAACAGUGGAACUAAAAGAUGCAGAAUAAUGUAAGGGAAAUAAAGUUUUUGGGGAUGUCUCUUGUUCCAAAUUAUAUUGAAGCAAAUGCCAAAUGUAGAGGUCAUUCUAACAUGCAGCAACAUGCAAAACACAAUUGAGCAUCAAAUUCAUUGGACAACCUUUAAGUUAUCUGACUUUAAAAAUAAGCUAGCAAAUACUGUAGAUCCACUUGCCUUCCUCUACCUUCCAUUUUUCCUUGGUUUGCAUUACCACCUACUCUAAUGAUGAUAAAUGUUGAACUUUGUUCACACUAAUUGAAAGCAAAUUGUUGUCUUAACAUCAGAACGAGAUGAGGGGGAACAAAUGCUGAAAUAAGUUUGCCUAAAAUAUGUGGAUGAUCAAAAACAAUUAAAGCAUAAAAUUCAAAGCUGCAGCUUGCCUUGCUGGAACAUUUAUUCCAAUGAUACCGCUGCCCAAAGAAUUGUGUCCUAAUCUUUCAUGAUAAAUCUUAGAAAAUAUUUCUUUUGACAAGAAACACACAAACCAUUCAACAUUCUGAAAAAUUGUUUACUGGAAAAAAUUAAGUGCUAAUAUUAUGUUAUGAAUAUACUUUAGAAAGUGGUGGCAGGUGCAAACAAUUUUCUCAGUGGAAAAUCAAAUGGGUCUGUAAUGAUAUGUGAUGGAGCAGCAGAUGUUUUGCAGAUCAAGGUAGUAUUUUCCAUGACUAAAGUGUACAAUAUCAAAAACAUAUACUGUGCAAUAACCUGUGAAAAUCCUCCUUGUUUAAUGCCGAUGUAAACAAAAGUGAUUAAAAUGUUGCAAAAAUCACAGCAUUGUUAUUUGUUUUCCAAUCUGAUUCAGAUUCUAUUUCUGCAGCUGAUUUUUUUUAAUUAAAGCAUGUUCACAAUUUGCCAUGCUAAUCCAAUAAAAAGGGAAUCUCGGACAAAUUGAAAAUCUUGCUUUACAGCUAAAAUUGUUAUUUUUUCUGUUAAGAGUAGUUCUUUUGUAGAAAUGGAUUCAAGAUUGCUUGCUUACUGAUUAGUACUUCUGGCUGUCCAUUUUAAUUUCCCAUUUAAAAGUCAUAUGAUAUACAGAAAUCAUUCUGGGUGAGCCUCUUUAGUUUUAAAUGUUCCUUUUCCUUUCUAUCUUUUGCCAUCAGUUGAAGAAAUACAAGUGCAAGAUUUUCUAAUGCUUUUCAUGACCUCAGCAUGUCCCAAAGCACUUUACAACCAAUUAAGCAUUUUUGAACUGUAGACCUUCUUGUAAUUUAGGAAACAUUGUUAUGCAAAUGAAACAGCAUCUUCUCCCUUGUGUGCUCUAUGAAUACACUUCCUUUAUGGAUAUGUAAUGUUCAAAGUCUUUUCCCCAGGUAGCUUUUUCACAGCUGUCCUCUGCCAAGAUACAAACUCUCAACAUGAACAAUUCUACUUGAUCAUAUGCAACCUGGUGACAUUCUCUAGCAAUUUUGUGGCCAUUAAGUAAGUGUGUACGUAUUAUUGUGUCGUACAUCCACAUAUGCAAUUUGUGUGUCUUGCACAGAUGCUUGAAGUAGCAGCAAAUGUUUAGUCAUUCAUCAAAGCACACUUAUUAUUCUUCAAUUAGCGAGAAUAAAGUGCUAGACUUGUGUGCAGGUGCAGAAAUAUUUUUAAUAAAAUUUAAAACUUCCAUGUAUUUAUCGGAUUAAACUGUUCAAGAAUCAAAGUACUUAAUUUCCUGAAUAUUAAUGAAAAAUAUUCUGAAUGAAUAUAACCAAGUGUCCAUUUUUGAAAUAAAUCCUUUAUCUACGUGGGAAGGGCUGUCUAAAUGUUAUAAUUAACAUUUUAAGGUUUAAAAGUACCACAAGUUUUGCAACAAGAUCUUUGAUUUAUGAAGCUAUUUUUUCCAUCUGAAGAAUUUGCUACAACACUAAAGUAAAUUAACACAUUUUUGUGAGGUUUUUUGGAAAGAAAUCUGUCUGUAACCUGACAUGCGCUAAUCAUUAUUUUAACUCGCUUGUUGAAUCCAGGCACUCCUUAAUACAACCCCUUCCUAUAAGUUUCCUAAAUCUAUAUGGGCCUGAGUGUGGCCUAGACACUUAAUAACAUGGCCAGAGAGAUUUAAGUUUUUGUUUUUGUUUUCUUACUGCAAUAUGCUGUUAAAAGCAACCAGUGUUGUUAAAGACAAUUUUCAGAUCUCUUUCCUCAGAUGAUUUUAAGAGUUAAAGAGUAGCUGGCAUGGAAGUGCCGACAAUAUAAAGGGGAGCAGUACCAGCAAAAUUCCCCACCAUCCCCCCAACUUCUUUAUAGGGUCCCUGCCCCUUCCCCCUUCAGUCCUGAAACAUUGACUGUUGGUUUCCACGGAUGCUGCCCGACCUGUUGAGUUCCUCCAGCACGUUGUGUGUGUUACCAGCAAAAUUCUACCAGCUGAAACUUCUGAUGGAAGUUUGAGCAAUCACACUUAUUCAUUUGCUGCCAUUAGGGUGACUUUUUAACUUGAGCUGAUCUAGAGAGAAUCUUAAAUAUCUUUGCUAGUGAAUUUGGGGGAAUUAGAUUGACAAAGAAAGUGCCUGCCUUCUAUUUUAGAAAUCUUUACAAUAAAAGUUAGAUCUUUACAUAGUAGGGGAAUUGAGGGUUAUGGGGAAAAGACAGGUAGAUGGAGCUGAGUUAUGGACAGAUGAGCCAUUAUCUUAUUGAAUGGCCGGGCAGGCUAGAUGGGCCGGAUGGCCUACUCCAGCUCCUAUUUCUUAUGUUCUUGUGUAAAACUUUGGAAUAUGUCCCAAUAACUUCUUAAAAAAACAGUAUGUGGUAACAUUCCUGGAUUAGUAAUUGUUUAGAAAAGAGCAGCUUUGAAAUUGACUCCAGCGCUAUGCAUUAACUAUUGUUUGGGUCAGUCCAUGCAUCUGAUUCAAAGUUCAAAGUAAAUGUAUUAAUGAAGUACAUACAUAUCACCAUAUACAACCUUGAGAUUCAUUUUCUAGCAGGCAUUUACAAUGAAUACAAAGAAAUACACCAAAAAAGAAAACAAAAAUACACACAAAAAUGAACAGCAGCCAAUUAUGCCAAAGAUAACAAAUUGUGCAAAUUCAAAAUAUAAAAUAAUAAGUAAUUUUGAGAGCAGGAGUCAGAGUCCUUGAAAGAAAGUCAGUUAGUUGUGGAGCCAUUUGGGACCUCAGUGUUGUGGUGAGUGAAGUUAUCUACUCUGGUUCAGAAGCCUGAUGGGUGAGGGUCAAUAGCUGUCACUAUGUGGUAUGGGACCUGACGCUCCGAUACUUCCUUUCUGGCUGGCAGGGGUCCUUGAUGAUGGAUGCUGCUCUCUUGGAAGUGUUCUCCUUAUGGAUGGGGAAGGCUGUAUCCACUACUUUUUGUAGAUGAUCCUGUUCAAGGACAUUGGUGGUUCCAUAUCAGGCUGUGAUGCAAUCAGAGAGUAUACUCUCCACAGUGCUUCUCUGGAUGUUUGUUCAAGUUUUAAAUGAUGGGCAAAAUCUUUGCAAGAUUUUUAAAAAAUAGUAGUGCUGUAAUGUCUUCUUUGUAAUAUCAGUUAUAUGUAGGACCCAGGACAGGGCCUUUGAAACGAUAACGCUGAGGAGUUCAAUGUUACGAACCCCCUCCACCUUUGAUCCCCUGAUGAGGACUGGCUCGUGGACCUCAUGUUUAGUCCUCCGGUACUCAAUACUCAGCUCUUUGAUUUUGCUGAUAGUGAGUGAGAGGUACCACUUAUCCAGCUUUUCAAUCGCCCUCCAAUAUGCUGAUUCAUCACUACCUUUAAUUUGUCCUACAGCGGCGGUGUCAUCAGCAAACGUAAAUAUUGUACUGGAGCUGUACUUAGCCUCGAAGUCAUAAGUAUAAAGCAAAUAGAGCAGAGAGCUUCAGUCACAGCCUUCAGUGUUGCAUUUGAGAAUUACUUAGAUCAACAUCGCUCAAUGUACACUUUAGAAACUUUAAACAGGUGCUCAAUUCUGACCGAAAUGCAUUCAGAAAUAUUUUGCUGAGCGUAGUAAGGUUAUUGUUCUAUUUACAGUGGCCUUGAGCAUAAUUUUUUAUACCUUGCAUGAAGAAAGUUUAGAAUUUUCUGAAGUAAAUCUGACUCAUGCACUCACUUAAUUCUUUUGGUGCAGAAAAGAACUUUUUGAAAAUGUUUUUACAGAAGCAAAUGUUUGCUAAUGAAACAUCAUGUCCAGAAUAUCUCCUUAAAUGCUGUUUUAUAGGGACUCUCACAUAAAGAUUGGGUUGAAGUAGCACUUUAUUUUAAAGACUGUGUACUGAUUUUUGAUAUUGGAAAGUAUUUCAUGUAAUUGAAAUUAAUGGCCAGGCUACUCUACAUGUUUGCUUUAACUUAAUUGUCCUUUGCUACUAGUAUUAAAAAGAGCAAUUAAUUGCUUUUGCACUCAAAGAAACAACAGUGAAUAUGGUGGCAUCUGCUAAAAUACCUACUUUCAACAUUCUCACUACUUUUGGUUGCAAUAAUAAGAAUGGGACUGAGCCUGUAAUUGAUUUGCCUCCCUGUGACCAAUUACAACUAGAUUUUGUGAUUUACAUGUAAGGUGAUUUACAUGUGCAGGCUUUAAAAUGUAUAUUUAUUUGGUACAAUUAAUAUAAAGAAUGGAGAUGACAGAUUUUGUUAUUUUAUGAUUUGCCAUAGUCCAUUUCUUCCUUAGGUGCAGUGUAAACUAUCUGCAAGUUGUGCUGGAGGAAUGUACCAAAACUAUAUCAGCAGCACCCUAAAAAAAUAAUGUGACUCCUACCACAUGGAAGAACAAAAAAAAAUUAGAGAGAUAAAACCACAUCUGUGUUUCCCUGAAAGUCAUGCAACAGUGCAAUUCAGAAACUUGUUGCUGCACUUAAAAAAAACACUAUAAAGCAUUUAGGGAAUAGUUUAACUGGGCUGCAGUAAUAACAGCUCUCUACCACACCUGCUUUCUGUCAAUAAAUAAUGGAAAUAUACUAGAAACAGAAAAACAAAACUCAAGCAUCCCAAGUAGUUUGAUAGUCAAGAUGGAGAAGAAAAGUGGACUUAGCACUAACCCAUUAGCUAGCUUGACCCAGAUCGAUCAAUGUGUGGAAUAAGGGGUGGAGAGAGAAUCUUACAGAUUUUUGUAAAUAAAGGAAUCUUUACAAAUUUAAGCCAAAAUAUGAUUUCAAGUGUUGCCAUUGAGGUGUAGAAGAAAAAAAGUAAUGAAGCUUGAUUGGAUUGGAGAACAAAUGGAAAAAUAUGAAUUUACCCAAUGCUUAGUUAGUGUUUCUGGGGCUUUUUGGCUAAGAUACGAAUUGUGAGCAAGGUAACCUUAGAAUAUAUGGAUCUAACCAGAAGGUGAUCUCUUAAGUAGAGACUGAUGUGACUUUGAUCAAAGUGCCACUGAUUUAAUAAGAGGCUAAUGGUGGAACAAAUGUUUGAAAAUCUACAUAAUAAAAGGCAUCAUUGAAGUAAGGAACUCCUAUUACCCUUUAGCCUAAGAUGGCAACAAAGACCAGAACAUUUUAGGAAAUUUGUUGGUUUUGUUUCUGAAAUAGAAUUUGAGAUCUUAUCAUACUGUGGUGCUAAGCAUCAAUUGGCUUCAAUGAAAGUGGGAUAUGAUGAGAAAUGUAUGAGGGUGCGGUUAUUUCAUAUGGCCUCAGCUCCACUGCUGAACAAGGUGUAUAGAUAGAACUAAGCAGUAAUACCAACCCCAAUCUACCAGGGCAAAUCAAAUCAUUUAGUCACAGAGGUGUCCUAUAGAUGAAAUGUAGCUGGUUAAAUGGACAUAAAGCACAUUGUCCUAUAAAAGAAGGAAAUAUGUCCAACCCACAAUGUUUGCAGGCAUGCAACUUGUUAACAUGUGGCAUUUUGAAAAAGUUAUGUUUGAGUCCUUUUGCAGUAAUAAAUAUACAGGAGUGAGUUAGAGCCAAGAAAUGUUUGGCCCAGGUUCUGAAUAAAGGAGAUUGUUGGGUAAGAGCUUCAUUUUGAUACACCUGACAAUGCCUGAUGUUAUUGAUGUGAUUGGUGGGACUUGGCAUAUAACGAUUCAUUCACUGCCUUUGAACAGACUGGUGAGGUAUUGAACUUGAGGCUUGAUCUCCAUAGCUAACACUUCAUUACUCUGUUACGUUCAGAGGCUAUGCUGCUGAAAUGGGUCAUCAGUCCUUGCACCACAUCAACAAGGUCUUCAGUACAGCAUCCGAAAAUCACAGAGCCACCCCCAUGAGCGCCAAAGUCAUUUCCUUACCAGUCACAAUUACUUUCCUGGCGAUUUCUAUUAUUUGCAGUAGUCACAACUUGCAUCUUUGAGCUACAAGUUAGUUUUGAGCAAUAAGGGUUGUUAUGCAGUAGUUUGAGCCACGAGGAGGUACCUGCUGAGACGAGAUGAGUGCAGCUUACUGAUGCUGGCUGGUUGUUGAAGCUGCAAUUAUUUGGGGCAUGUGUGCAGAACCUCAAAUGGGUGCCAGUUGAAUGGUGUUUUGGGGCACUUCAAUUGAUCUGUUUAUAAUAUGUAAUUAUUACUUCAGUCUAUGCUUUACUGUCUUCCAACUACUGGAAAAAAAAGUUUACAUGAGAACUAGACCUGAUCAGCUUUUGUUAGGAAAAGUCUGAAGGGAUCAAAUAACUAAUCAAAUGUUGUAUUUAAUAAUGACACAAAACCUUAAUUCCAAUCAAAAUUUUCAAACAUCUUUAAAUUGAAACAAAAUGGUGUAAGAAAAAUACAACGGUUCAGUUAAAUAGAUGUGGAGACAUCCACUUGUAUUGAAAUUAUUUUUGUUUUCUGUAAAAUAACUUCACUCACAAAUGUAUUUUGUAUUUCUAUUUUAAUUUUGUUACUUCCUUAGUGCUACAAGACCAUAAAGACAUUCUAUGAUUUAGUUGGAAUUAAUAAACUGAAGAAAUUACUUUGAAAACUGAAUUGUGUCAGAAGAAGAGUACUCCACAUAUCCUGGCAGUAUGGAUUGUGGUAAACCACAGCAUGGUUAUAAUAUUACCUGAUGUAUCUGGAUACAUUGCAAACUUGUGUAGCCCAUCUCUCUUACUUUUUGUUCCAUAAUUUGGGUUUGGAUAUUUUGAUAGAAAUCAGAUAGUUAGCGUUCAGCAUUAAUUUUGAGAACUAUUGUGAUCCUAUGGCGUCAUAAAACUUUGGAUUAAGUAAGCUAUACUGUGUUGACGGUAAUAGAAUUGACAUAAUGUUACAGUAAGUUAUUGACCAUUAGAAAGCAGAAACUUAGGAAUAACUAUCUGGGUUGUCAUGAAAUGUUGAAAGCAUAUUUUAAAUAACUGGCCUGAUCUUUACUCUGUAUUACAAUAUAGAGUGGUUUACAUUCUAAUUGCAUCAUGUUUUACAACUAUACAAUAUCACCUGCUGUUGUAUUUAUUAAACCACCACAAUUUUACUUCA